AUGAAGCCCCUUGUUUUCCUUGUUUCGGCUGACGAGCGCUCUGGCCCGACGCGCGGCAACGGCAGCGUGGGCCAGCGGGUCGCAGCCUGGCAUACAAGCGGUGUGCACAGCAGCCAGCGCCUGCUGCAAACGCGUGUUCGAAGGGUUUGCGCCCAGCGACUGGCGCCGGCACCGAACUUCGGCAAAGCUUCCCACUCUUUUUCCGGACUGAAGCAGCAAACGCAACUUUGUUUGAAUCAAGAGCGCAACGCGAGCCAGCGUCCGUCGCAAGCAACAACCUGGGAGCGUGCUCUGAGGGAGCAACGGCGACGACGACGACGACGUCGACCGCCCAACGCGCUGCCCUUAUCGCGAGCACUCGUCGGAACAGUAUCCGACCGCGUAUGGACGUGGAUUGUAACGGUUUUGGACUUGUCCCGGUACUCGUUUCAACAGCUGGUGCGAGCGAUGAUCCGUUUCACCAAGCGCAUGAUCCGACGCAAUAUGGAUCUCCAUAGCGGCAGUGAGCUCGAGAUCGUCGUUGAAAUUCUCGGCAUACAGGAGGAGCCAUACAUAGAUCCUCUGGAUGAUUGGAAACUGACAAAAAGAGUCUGGUAUCAGUUACCAGGUGGUCAGCGAGCGUACUUACCGAGCCUUCAUGCAUCCACAGCGGAUGCCGAGGACGGAUACCAGUAUCAUGAGGCGGAGCAGGUCCCCGGUGACGCCCAAGACGCGAGUACGCAGGGCCCGGAUCCAUCGGCGCUGGAGGAUGCGCAGGUGCCGCGGCCUGCCUGCGAGUGA